AAGAAAUCUUACAAACAGCAAACAGAAAACCUGUCAUUUUGACAAGCAUUCACUAGAAACAAUGUCUAUGAAACUUCCUUCUGCUGACGAGCUUGAGCAACUCGAAGAUAUCGAAAAGCAAUGGGCUGUCAAGGCUAUGCACCAUGCCGAAACAUAUUUUAACCUCAUUUCCAAAAUCGAUGCUCGUCAGCUUCGUUUAACAAAUAUUGACGAUGAAAUUCUCGACGACUUUGAACAAACAUUUCCUGAAAUCAACGUUGAGCAUUUAAACGAGGACGAUUUCAAAAGCAAAGAUGCUAAAGAAAAGUGGAGAAAGUGGAUCAACAAAUACGAGAAAAGAGUGAAAGAGUUCAAUUUUGGCACAUUGAUUCGUAUUGAUUGUAGAGAAGACUAUACUGAACAAAAUACUAUGUUUGGCGUCCGCAUGCAGUUCUAUGCUGUUGAAAUUGCUAGAAAUAAGAAAGGAUUAAACGACUCUUUACGUAACAAGAAUUGAAUGCUAUUAUAGAAAAUAAAGAGUUUUAAGAAAGAGGAGCAGCCAUGGAUUUUCACAUUACUUGUGCAUCAUCAAGGCUUGGCAAAAAAAAAAAAAAAAAGGGC